AUGGAGUUUAUUAAAGAGGAGAGUGAAGACAUGAAGAUUGAAGAAACAUUCAGAGUCAAACAUGAAGAUACUGAGGAACAAACAAAGAUGGAGUUUAUUAAAGAGGAGAGUAAAGACAUGAAGAUUGAAGCAUUCAGAGUCAAACAUGAAGAUACUGAGACACAAACAGACCUGAUGGCGCUGAAAAAGGAGAGUCAAGAACUGAAUGAAACUCAAGAGAAAGAUCAAAAUGAGAAACAGCUGGAUUUCAAAACUGAAGAAGAAUCGAUUGGUUGCUCACAGACUGAAAAGACUUCCUCACCUAAAAAUGCUCAAAAAACUACAAAUCUUGAUUCCCACUUAAGAAAUCAUGCUGGAGAGAGACCUUACACCUGCCAACAGUGUGGACAGGUUUUCAAUCAAAAAAGAAGCCUUAAAGUCCACAUGAAGAUUCAUUUUGAAAAGAAACAGUUCAUAUGCACUCAGUGUGGAAAGAGUUUUACACGGAACUAUUACCUUACUGACCACAUGAAAAUUCACACUGGAGAGAAACCCUUCACCUGCAAACAGUGUGGGAAGAGCUUUACACAGAAAAGUCAACUUAAUGUCCACACGAGAAUUCAUACUGGAGAGAAACCCUUCACCUGCAAACUGUGUGGGAAGAGUUUCAGACUAAAUGCAGAGCUCAAGACUCACAUGAUAAUGCACACUGGAGAGAAACCUUACACAUGUAGUCAGUGUGGGAAGAGUUUCAUACAAAAUAGUCAACUUAAAGUUCACAUGAGAAGUCACACAGGAGAGAAGCCUUUCACCUGCAAACUGUGUGGGAAGAGUUUCACACUAAAUAGAUAUCUUAAGAAUCACAUGAUUAAUCACACUGAAAAGAAACCAUUCACAUGCUCUCAGUGUGGAAAGUGUUUUACACAGAAAAGAGCCUUUGAUGCCCACAUGGUAAUUCACACUGGAGAGAGUCCUUUCACCUGCGCUCGAUGUGGAAAGAGUUUCCGACUAAAAGAAAACCUUCAGAAUCACAUGAGAAUUCACACUGGAGAGAAGACAUUUGAAUGUCAAUGUGGAAAGAGCUUUACACAGAAAAAACGCCUCGAUACCCACAUGAGAGUUCACACUGGAGAGAAGCCUUUUACCUGUCCUCAGUGUGGGAAGAGUUUCACAAUAAAACAAACCUAAAGACUCACAUUAGAAUUCACACUGGAGAGAAUCCAUUCACAUGUGAUCAGUGUGGACAAAGUUUCAGAUAUAAUGCAAACCUUAUUACUCACAUGAAGAUUCACUCAGAGAAGAGUUUUAAAUGUCAUCAGUGCGAAAGG